AUGAUCAUCGUGAAACGAUGAAUCACAAAAUGUAUCAUAAAGUCGAAGAAAAACUUCACUCGAACUUUGGAUUAUGUACAUCUUAAUUCUGAUUUCUUUUCUUUAUUUAGGAUCUGGACCACCCGUAUCUCAUCGAAAUUAUAUUGGACAAGGUAGCAAAAAUCGUUCCAGGUCUCAAGGUCGUUAUUCACAGAGAACAGGACAACAACCUCUUGUAGCGAAGUCAAAUAAUCAACAACAAGAGAGAUACAUUCGAAAACCAUGUUCAUCAGAACCUUAUCCAUAA